UGUGGUGUGUGACCAUUGAGAUCGCCUCUGGAUGUCAGUGGUGUAUAUAUUUGGGGUAAGGAACGGGUAUAUAAAAAUCUUCGUAAGUUUAGUAGUAAAUCUUUUAGAAGAUGUUAUUAAAGUCAUUUUUUAUUCAGAAACAUUCAUCAGCAUUGAUAUGUCACCACAUAAAACAAUUGGUUCGUCCACUUUCACUUGCUCAACGUUGUAGCACCAGCAUCUUUGAGCCUGACUACUUAGAGUCUGGAAAGUCAAAAAUUCCACUGUAUAAUGCUUUGAACAUUCAGCUGAAGGGUUAUGAUUUCCCAGUUUUGGAGAGCUAUCAAAGUUUUGUGCACAAGAUUGCAGACAACAUGAAUAUUGAAGUUGAAGAUGGUUGGGCAAUACCACCUCAGUAUCUUGAAGUUCAGAGAUUCAAGCCACAGAGCACAGUUGUUGAAGCUGAAUAUAAAAUGGCUAUAUAUGAAAGAAAUGUUCAGGUGGUAGACCUACCGUCAACAGUAGGUUCAAUUUUUUUUGAGGUGUUGCAGACAGCAUUACCUGAGGGUGUAACCAUGACAGUUCAUGAACACGAAGAAGCAUAUGAAGAAUUGCGGUACAUACCCGACGUACAGCUGCUGGAACUGAAAUCCGAGCUCGAGAAACUGCGAAACCCAAAUGUUAAAAGGAAAUAGGCUGUCUUGCAAGACUGCUAUUGUGAGUUAGUCCUACUGCAGAUUUGGACGGAAGAGGAGGAGGCUGUGGGGGUAUUUCUGCCUCAUUGUCGCUAGAGCUUUCUCGACUCUCGCUGCUUUCGCUGCCAGAGCAACCGGAACACGACGAGUGAGAACAGCGCUGUGAAUCUGAAAAACAAAAGUUUUGUUUUGCUUGCAUUUAUGGACUGGGCUACUAAUUAAUUUGUAUUUAUUUCAUAAAUGAGAAAUUUUGAGCUUCAACAAAGCAGCUGGUACAAACUAAUUUUUAGACAGAAAACGUGAAAGUAACGAGUAGCAUACGCAAAAUACUGGUGGAGGAACCUCGAGGAAAGUGGAUACCCAGUUUUUUUUGUUUGUUUUGUCAUUACACCCUUCUGCAUACAAAUGUUAAUAAAGUCAAAUGUACAGAUCAGAA